UAUAUCAAGGCAACAUGGAUGUCCGGUCGAAAAAGAAGUCUUAUUUGAGAUAUCAUUUAAAUCGACGAAUAAUCGACUAUAAAAAGAAAAGGCUGGCUCUUAAAGAAAAAAAGAAUGAGCUGCAAUUUGAGAAAGCGCUUUUGAAAAUAGAUGAAAGAAAAGAACAGAGGAAGGAAAGAAGAUUGUCGUCCAGUUCAUCGUCCACCCUCAGCUCGUCGUCAGAAUCCAGCUUUAUCUCCAACAUCACUUCAACAUCUCCUAAUGAUGUUACGGAUCAAAAUAAAGAGGUUUUUACUAACGAACCCUGUUUACGAUCCUCCACACCAUACUGCACAAACUUCAAAACCCCAAGCUCCACUACAACUUCUCCGGCUCCCGCACAGGCCAGCAAGUACGAUAACAGUUUGCUACCAUUAAUGGAGUUGGCGGUACAAAUUAAGAACAAUGAAUGGAAGCUACCUCCCUUGGUUCAAAAUCAAUGGCAACUUGUAGAUUUAAAGCCACCGAUAUGUUUGGCUGAAAAGCAUGCUUUCGAGGAAGUUAUGCUAAAUGGCUAUGUUGUCGUGGCUGAGGAGUCGGUCAAUAUGGAGGAUGUCUCCCCCGGAUUUGGGGAAGAGAAUAAAUGCAUCGAAUGGGGCAACGAAGAAGUAUUGGACUACGUCUUUAAGGAUGCCAGGCCCACCAGCUUACCAAGGCGAAGUACCUUGUGA